AUUUCCAUCACCCCGCCCCAUUCUCCCGCUUUCCAUCACCUCGCCCCAUUCUCCCUCUUUCCAUCACCGCGCCCAUUCUCCCUCUUUCCAUUAACCCGCCCCAUUCUCCCUCUUUCCAUAACCCCGCCCCAUUCUCCCUCUUUCCAUCACCCCACCCCAUUCUCCCGCUUUCCAUCACCCCGCCCCAUUCUCCCGCUUUCCAUCACCCAGCCCCAUUCUCGCGCUUUCCAUCACCCCGCCCCAUUCUCCCGCUUUCCAUCACCCCGCCCCAUUCUCCCGCUUUCCAUCACCUCGCCCCAUUCUCCCUCCUUCCAUCACCGCGCCCAUUCUCCCUCUUUCCAUCAACCCGCCCCAUUCUCCCUCUUUCCGUAACCCCGCCCCAUUCUCCCUCUUUCCAUCACCCCGCCCCAUUCUCCCGCUUUCCAUCACCCCGCCCCGUUCUCCCGCUUUCCAUCACCCGCCCCAUUCUCCUGCUUUCCAUCACCCGCCCCAUUCUCCCGCUUUCCAUCACCCCGCCCCAUUCUCCCACUUUCCAUCACCCCGCCCCAUUCUCCCUCUUUCCAUCACCCCGCCCCAUUCUCCCUCUUUCCAUCACCCCACCCCAUUCUCCUUCUUUCCAUCACCCCGCCCCAUUCUCCCGCUUUCCAUCACCCCGCCCCAUUCUCCCUCUUUCCAUCAACCCGCCCCAUUCUCCGUCUUUCCAUAACCCUGCCCCAUUCUUCCGCUUUCCAUCACCCCGCCCCAUUCUCCCGCUUUCCAUCACCCCGCCCCAUUCUCCCUCAUUCCAUCACCCCGCCCCAUUCUCCCGCUUUCCAUCACCCCGCCCCAUUCUCCCUCAUUCCAUCACCCCACCCCAUUCUCCCGCUUUCCAUCACCCCGCCCCGUUCUCCCGCUUUCCAUCACCCCGCCCCGUUCUCCCGCUUUCCAUCACCCCGCCCCGUUCUCCCGCUUUCCAUCACCCCGCCCCGUUCUCCCGCUUUCCAUCACUCCGCCCCGUUCUCCUGCUUUCCAUCACCCCGCCCCAUUCUCCCGCUUUCCAUCACCCCACCCCGUUCUCCCGCUUUCCAGCAACCCGCCCCAUUCUCCCGCUUUCCAUCACCCCGCCCCAUUCUCCCGCUUUCCAUCACCCCGCCCCAUUCUCCCGCUUUCCAUCACCCCGCCCCAUUCUCCCUCCUUCCAUCACCCCGCCCCAUUCUCCCUCUUUCCAUCACCCGCCCCGUUCUCCCGCUUUCCAGCACCCCGCCCCGUUCUCCCGCUUUCCAGCACCCCGCCCCAUUCUCCCGCUUUCCAGCACCCCGCCCCAUUCUCCCGCUUUCCAGCACCCCGCCCCAUUCUCCCGCUUUCCAUCACCCCGCCCCAUUCUCCCGCUUUCCAUCACCCCGCCCCAUUCUCUCGCUUUCCAGCACCCCGACCCAUUCUCCCGCUUUCCAGCACCCCGCCCCAUUCUCCCGCUUUCCAUCACCCCGCCCCAUUCUCCCGCUUUCCAUCACCCCGCCCCAUUCUCCCGCUUUCCAUCACCCCGCCCCGUUCUCCCGCUUUCCAUCACCCCGCCCCGUUCUCCCGCUUUCCAUCACCCCAACCCGUUCUCCCGCUUUCCAUCACCCCAACCCGUUCUCCCGCUUUCCAUCACUCCGCCCCCAACCCGCCCCAUUCUCCCGCUUUCCAUCACCCCGCCCCGUUCUCCCGCUUUCCAGCACCCCGCCCCGUUCUCCCGCUUUCCAUCACCCCGCCCCAUUCUCCCGCUUUCCAUCACCCCGCCCCAUUCUCCCGCUUUCCAUCACCCCGCCCCAUUCUCCCUCUUUCCAUCACCCCGCCCCAUUCUCCCGCUUUCCAUCACCCCGCCCCAUUCUCCCGCUUUCCAUCACCCCGCCCGAUUCUCCCGCUAUCCAUCACCCGCCCGAUUCUUCCGCUAUCCAUCACCCGCCCCAUUCUCCCGCUUUCCAUCACCCCGCCCCAUUCUCCCUCUUUCCAUCACCCCGCCCCAUUCUCCCUCUUUCCAUCACCCCGCCCCAUUCUCCCUCUUUCCAUCACCCCGCCCCAUUCUCCCGCUUUCCAUCACCCCGCCCCAUUCUCCCGCUUUCCAUCACCCCGCCCCAUUCUCCCUCUUUCCAUCACCGCGCCCCAUUCUCCCUCUUUCCAUCACCGCGCCCAUUCUCCCUCUUUCCAUCAACCCGCCCCAUUCUCUCUCUUUUAAUAACCCCGCCCCAUUCUCCCGCUUUCCAUCACCCCGCCCCAUUCUCCCGCUUUCCAGCAACCCGCCCCAUUCUCCCGCUUUCCAUCACCCCGCCCCCAACCCGCCCCAUUCUCCCGCUUUCCAUCACCCCGCCCCGUUCUCCCGCUUUCCAGCACCCCGCCCCAUUCUCCCGCUUUCCAUCACCCCGCCCCAUUCUCCCGCUUUCCAUCACUCCGCCCCAUUCUCUUUCAUUCCAUCACCCCGCCCCAUUCUCCCGCUUUCCAUCACCCCGCCCCAUUCUCCCGCUUUCCAGCAACACGCCCCAUUCUCCCGCUUUCCAUCAUCCCGCCCCGUUCUCCCGCUUUCCAGCACCCCGCCCCAUUCUCCCGCUUUCCAUCACCCCGCCCCAUUCUCCCGCUUUCCAUCACCCCGCCCCAUUCUCUCUCAUUCCAUCACCCCGCCCCAUUCUCCCGCUUUCCAUCACCCCGCCCCAUUCUCCCGCUUUCCAUCACCCCGCCCCGUUCUCCCGCUUUCCAGCACCCCGCCCCGUUCUCCCGCUUUCCAUCACCCCGCCCCAUUCUCCCGCUUUCCAUCACCCCGCCCCAUUCUCCCGUUUUCCAUCACCCCGCCCCAUUCUCCCUCUUUCCAUCACCCCGCCCCAUUCUCCCGCUUUCCAUCACCCCGCCCCAUUCUCCCGCUUUCCAUCACCCCGCCCGAUUCUCCCGCUAUCCAUCACCCGCCCCAUUCUCCCGCUAUCCAUCACCCGCCCCAUUCUCCCGCUUUCCAUCACCCCGCCCCAUUCUCCCUCUUUCCAUCACCCCGCCCCAUUCUCCCUCUUUCCAUCACCCCGCCCCAUUCUCCCUCUUUCCAUCACCCCGCCCCAUUCUCCCGCUUUCCAUCACCCCGCCCCAUUCUCCCGCUUUCCAUCACCCCGCCCCAUUCUCCCUCUUUCCAUCACCGCGCCCCAUUCUCCCUCUUUCCAUCACCGCGCCCAUUCUCCCUCUUUCCAUCAACCCGCCCCAUUCUCUCUCUUUUAAUAACCCCGCCCCAUUCUCCCUCUUUCCUUCACCCCGCCCCAUUCUCCCGCUUUCCAUCACCCCGCCCCAUUCUCCCGCUUUCCAUCACCCUGCCCCAUUCUCGCGCUUUCCAUCACCCCGCCCCAUUCUCCCGCUUUCCAUCACCCCGCCCCAUUCUCCCGCUUUCCAUCACCCGCCCCAUUCUCCUGCUUUCCAUCACCCGCCCCAUUCUCCCUCUUUCCAUCACCCCGCCCCAUUCUCCCUCUUUCCAUCACCCCGCCCCGUUCUUCCUCUUUCCAUCAUCCCGCCCCAUUCUCCCUCUUUCCAUCACCCCGCCCCAUUCUCCCUCUUUCCAUCACCCCGCCCCAUUCUCCCUCUUUCCAUCACCCCGCGCCAUUCUCCCGCUUUCCAUCACCCCGCCCCAUUCUCCCUCUUUCCAUCACCGCAUCCCAUUCUCCCUCUUUCCAUCAACCCGCCCCAUUCUCCCGCUUUCCAUAACCCUGCCCCAUUCUUCCGCUUUCCAUCACCCCGCCCCAUUCUCCCGCUUUUCAUCACCCCGCCCCAUUCUCCCGCUUUCCAUCACCCCGCCCUAUUCUCCCGCUUUCCAUCACCCCGGCCUGUUCUCCCGCUUUCCAUCACCCCAACCCAUUCUCCCGCUUUCCAUCACCCCGUCCCGUUCUCCCGCUUUCCAUCACUCCGCCCCAUUCUUCCGUUUUCCAUCACCCCGCCCCAUUCUCCCGCUUUCCAUCACCCCUCCCCAUUCUCCCUCCUUCCAUCACCCCGCCCCAUUCUCCCGCUUUCCAUCACCCCGCCCCAUUCUCCCGCUUUCCAUCACCCCGCCCCAUUCUCCCGCUUUCCAUCACCUCGCCCCAUUCUCCCUCUUUCCAUCACCGCGCCUAUUCUCCCUCUUUCCAUCAACCCGCCCCAUUCUCCCGCUUUCCUUAACCCCGCCCCAUUCUCCCUCUUUCCAUCACCCCGCCCCAUUCUCCCGCUUUCCAUCACCCCGCCCCAUUCUCCCGCUUUCCGUCACCCCGCCCCAUUCUCCCGCUUUCCAUCACCCCGCCCCAUUCCCGCUUUCCGUCACCCCACCCCAUUCUCCCGCUUUCCAUCACCCCGCCCCGUUCUCCCACUUUACAUCACCCCGCCCCAUUCUCCCGCUUUCCAUCACCCUGCCCCAUUCUCCCGCUUUCCAUCACCCCGCCCCAUUCUCCCUCUUUCCAUCACCCCGCCCCAUUCUCCCGCUUUCCAUCACCCCGCCCCAUUCUCCAGAUUUCCAUCACCCCGCCCCAUUCUCCCGCUUUCCAUCACCUCGCCCCAUUCUCCCUCUUUCCAUCACCGCGCCCAUUCUCCCUCUUUCCAUUAACCCGCCCCAUUCUCCCUCUUUCCAUAACCCCGCCCCAUUCUCCCUCUUUCCAUCACCCCACCCCAUUCUCCCGCUUUCCAUCACCCCGCCCCAUUCUCCCGCUUUCCAUCACCCAGCCCCAUUCUCGCGCUUUCCAUCACCCCGCCCCAUUCUCCCGCUUUCCAUCACCCCGCCCCAUUCUCCCGCUUUCCAUCACCCCGCCCCAUUCUCCCGCUUUCCAUCACCUCGCCCCAUUCUCCCUCCUUCCAUCACCGCGCCCAUUCUCCCUCUUUCCAUCAACCCGCCCCAUUCUCCCUCUUUCCGUAACCCCGCCCCAUUCUCCCUCUUUCCAUCACCCCGCCCCAUUCUCCCGCUUUCCAUCACCCCGCCCCGUUCUCCCGCUUUCCAUCACCCGCCCCAUUCUCCUGCUUUCCAUCACCCGCCCCAUUCUCCCGCUUUCCAUCACCCCGCCCCAUUCUCCCACUUUCCAUCACCCCGCCCCAUUCUCCCUCUUUCCAUCACCCCGCCCCAUUCUCCCUCUUUCCAUCACCCCACCCCAUUCUCCUUCUUUCCAUCACCCCGCCCCAUUCUCCCUCUUUCGAUCACCCCGCCCCAUUCUCCCUCUUUCCAUCACCCCGCCCCAUUCUCCCGCUUUCCAUCACCCCGCCCCAUUCUUCCUCUUUCCAUCACCGCGCCCCAUUCUCCCUCUUUCCAUCAACCCGCCCCAUUCUCCCUCUUUCCAUCACCCCGCCCCAUUCUCCCUCAUUCCAUCACCCCGCCCCAUUCUCCCGCUUUCCAUCACCCCGCCCCAUUCUCCCGCUUUCCAUCACCCCGCCCCAUUCUCCCGCUUUCCAUCACCCCACCCCAUUCUCCCGCUUUCCAUCACCCCGCCCCGUUCUCCCGCUUUCCAUCACCCCGCCCCGUUCUCCCGCUUUCCAUCACCCCGCCCCAUUCUCUCGUUUUCCAUCACCCCGCCCCAUACACCCCGCCCCAUUCUCCCGCUUUCCAUCACCCCGCCCCAUUCUCCCGCUUUCCAUCACCCCGCCCCAUUCUCCCGCUUUCCAUCAACCCGCCUUAUUCUCCCGCUUUCCAUCACCCCGCCCCAUUCUCCCGCUUUUCAUCACCCUGCCCCAUUCUCCCGCUUUCCAUCACCCCGCCCCAUUCUUCCUCUUUCCAUCACCCCGCCCCAAUCCCCCUCUUUCCAUCAUCCCGCCCCAUUCUCCCUCUUUCCAUCACCCCGCCCCAUUCUCCUGCUUUCCAUCAUCCCGCCCCAUUCUCUCUCCUUCCAUCACCCCGCCCCAUUCUCCCUCUUUCCAUCACCCCGCCCCAUUCUCCCUCUUUCCAUAACCCCGCCCCAUUCUCCCGCUUUCCAUCACCCCGCCCCAUUCUCCCGCUUUCCAUCACCACGCCCCAUUCUCCCGCUUUCCAUCACCUUGCCCCAUUCUCCCGCUUUCCAGCACCCCGUGCCAUUCUCCUGCUUUCCAUCACCCGCCCCAUUCUCCUGCUUUCCAACACCCGCCCCAUUCUCCCGCUUUCCAUCACCCCGCCCCAUUCUCCCUCUUUCCAUCACCCCGCCCCAUUCUCCCUCUUUCCAUCACCCCGCCCCAUUCUCCCUCUUUCCAUCACCCCGCCCCAUUCUCCCUCUUUCCAUCACCCCGCCUUAUUCUCCCGCUUUCCAUCACCCCGCCCCAUUCUCCCGCUUUCCAUCACCCCGCCCCAUUCUUCCUCUAUCCAUCACCGCGCCCCAUUCUCCCUCUUUCCAUCACCCCGCCCCAUUCUCCCGCUUUCCAUAACCCAGCCCCAUUCUUCCGCUUUCCAUCACCCCGCCCCAUUCUCCCGCUUUCCAUCACCCCGCCCCAUUCUCCCUCAUUCCAUCACCCCGCCCCAUUCUCCCGAUUUCCAUCACCCCGCCCCAUUCUCCCGCUUUCCAUCACCCCACCCCUUUCUCCCGCUUUCCAUCACCCCGCCCCGUUCUCCCGCUUUCCAUCACCCCGCCCCAUUCUCCCGCUUUCCAUCACCCCGCCCCAUUCUCUCGUUUUCCAUCACCCCGCCCCAUUCUCCCGUUUUCCAUCACCCCGCCCCAUUCUCCCGCUUUCCAUCAACCCGCCCCGUUCUCCCGCUUUCCAUCACCCCGCCCCGUUCUCCCGCUUUCCAGCACCCCGCCCCAUUCUCCCGCUUUCCAUCAACCCGCCCCAUUCUCCCGCUUUCCAUCACCCGGCCCCAUUCUCCCGCUUUUUAUCACCCGCCCCAUUCUCCGCCUUUCCAUCACCCUGCCCCAUUCUCCCGCUUUCCAUCACCCCGCCCCAUUCUCCCUCUUUCCAUCACCCCGCCCCAAUCUCCCUCUUUCCAUCACCCCGCCCCAUUCUCCCUCUUUCCAUCACCCCGCCCCAUUCUCCUGCUUUCCAUCACCCCGCCCCAUUCUCCCUCCUUCCAUCACCCCGCCCCUUUCUCCCCCUUUCCAUCACCCCGCCCCAUUCUCCCUCAUUCCAUCACCCCGCCCCAUUCUCCCGCUUUCCAUCACCCCGCCCCAUUCUCCCGCUUUCCAUCACCCCGCCCCAUUCUCCCGCUUUCCAUCACCCCGUCCCAUUCUCCCGCUUUCCAGCACCCCGCCCCAUUCUCCCGCUUUCCAGCACCCCGUGCCAUUCUCCCGCUUUCCAUCACCCCGCCCCAUUCUCCCGCUUUCCAUCACCCUGCCCCAUUCUCCCGCUUUCCAUCACCCCGCCCCAUUCUCCCGCUUUCCAUCACCCCGCCCCAUUCUCCCGCUUUCCAUCACCCCGCCCCAUUCUCCCGCUUUCCAUCACCCCGCCCCAUUCUCCCUCUUUCCAUCACCCCGCCCCAUUCUCCCACUUUCCAUCACCCGCCCCAUUCUCCUGCUUUCCAUCACCCCGCCCCAUUCUCCCACUUUCCAUCACCCCGCCCCAUUCUCCUGCUUUCCAUCACCCCGCCCAAUUCUCAUCAUCUGUCAUCGGCGAUCGCGAAUGGAGAGCGCCCGCUGCACUUCCUGCACAUGUGCGUAUCCUUCCGCAUUUUGGGGCUGGAAGCGCUUGUUCCGAGCAUUUUUCUUCCGCCGGGUCACAUGGCUGCGCUUCUCUGGUCCGAUUACCAAGCCAGCAAGGGCAUGGGAGGGUUGCGAGCAUCAUCAAUCAUCGGCGAUCGCGAAUGGAGAGCGCUCGCUACACUUCCUGCACAUGUGCGUAUCCUUCCGCAUUUUGAGGCUGGAAGCGCUUGUUCCGAGCGUUUUUCUUCCACCGGUCACGUGGCUGCGCUUGUCUGGUCCUAUUACCAAGCCAGCAAGGGCGUGGGAGGGUUGCGAGCAUCAUCGGUCAUCGGCGAUCGCGAAUGGAGAGCGCCCGCUGCACUUCCUGCAUAUGUGCGUAUCCUUCCGCAUUUUGAGGCUGGAAGCGCUCGUUCCGAGCGUUUUUCUUCCACCGGGUCACGUGGCUGCGCUUCUCUGGUCCUAUUACCAAGCCAGCAAGGGCGUGGGAGGGUUGCGAGCAUCAUCGGUCAUCGGUGA